AUGGCGGAGCGACUGGAGAAGCGCUACUGCAUCAAAUUUUGCCAGAAACUGGGCGACAGCCAAAUGGAAACCAUUCGGAAGAUUCAGACGGCUUUCGGUGAUGAUGCUAUGAGCAGCACACAGAUUGAGGAGUGGUACAACCGGUUUAAAGACGGCCGCACAUUGGUGGAGAGUAAGCCACGUUCCGGACGGCCAUCAACAUGCCGAAAUGACCAGGUCAGUGCCGAAGUGAACGCUGUGGGGAUAUUUGGCCAUGAAGAGAGUUGCAGCAAAAUUCGUGCCGAGCUGCUCAUGGUGGAGCAAAAGCAACUUCGUGUUGAAGUCUCACAGGACAUGCUGGAUUCCACAAACAGUGACCCCGACUUCAUGAACACCAUAAUCACUGGUGACGAGUCUUGGGUGUACGGGUACGACCCGGAAACCAAAUCAGAGUCAUCACAGUAG